AUGGGAAUACUUCAAACACUCUUCCACGCUGAGGAAGACAUCCAAGGCUCCAAAUUCAGAGCCGUUUUCGUCGGGCUUUUUGUAGCCUUUGGCGGUAUUCUUUUCGGAUACGACACCGGUACUAUUUCUGGUGUUCUAGCGAUGGACUACGUGAAAGAGCAUUUCACUUCUCGUGGUCACUUUACGGCAAACGAAACGUCGUUGAUCACUGCUAUUUUGUCUGCUGGUACAUUCUGUGGAGCUAUUUUGGCACCUCUUGCAUCGGACACCCUAGGUCGCAGACUUGGUCUCAUUAUCUCAAGCAUCAUCUUUUCUGUUGGUGUUGUCUUGCAAAUCAUCUCUUCGGGACAAGACUUAUUGAUUGCUGGCAGAGUCAUUGCUGGCGCUGGUGUCGGUAUUCUUUCCGCCAUCGUUCCAUUAUACCAAGCAGAAGCAUCCCCCAAAUGGAUUAGAGGUGCAGUAACAUCGUGCUACCAAUGGGCCAUCACCAUUGGCUUGCUACUUGCCGCAUGUGUGAAUCAGGGCACUCACGCCAGAAACGACUCUGGCUCUUACAGGAUUCCAAUUGCCAUUCAGUUGUUGUGGGCUUUGAUCCUAUUUGUCGGUAUGCUCAUUCUACCUGAAUCCCCACGCUUCUACGUGAUGAAGGGAAAAGUGCCUGAGGCAAGCAAGGCCCUUGCUAAACUUAGGGGCCUACCACAAGAACACGAAUGCGUUGAAGCGGAACUUGAAGAGAUCAUCGUUAACUACAAUUACGAAAGCUCCGUAAGCUCAUCCUCGAUCUUCGACUGUUUCAAACCCACAAACCACCAACUGAAACGUAUUCUUAUCGGUAUUGCCAUUCAGGGUCUACAACAACUAACUGGUAUCAAUUUCAUUUUCUACUACGGUACCCAGUUUUUCCAAAAUUCCGGUAUCAAGGACCCAUUCAUCAUUCAGCUUAUUAUGAACGUGGUCAAUGUUGUGAUGACCAUCCCAGGUAUUGCAUUGGUGGAGCUUGCGGGUAGAAGAAACUUGCUUUUAUGGGGUGCCGUUGGUAUGUGUGUCAGUGAGCUCAUUGUCGCUUCCGUUGGUACCGCGCUACCAGACAGCUUUUCAGCUAACAAGACUUUGAUUGCAUUCUCCUGUACGUUCAUUGCCUCUUUUGCAUCUACGUGGGGUCCCUUGGCCUGGGUGGUCGUGGGUGAGAUUUUCCCAUUGACCGUUAGAGCCAAGUCGGUGGCCGUAUGUGCAGCUUCGAACUGGCUGUUCAAUUUUGCCAUUGCCUACGCUACCCCAUACCUUGUUGACAGCGAACAUGCGAACUUACAGUCCAAGGUGUUUUUCAUCUGGGGAGGUUGCACAUUCUUGUGUUUCGUUUUUGUCUACUUUUUCAUCUACGAAACGAAGGGCCUCACUCUCGAGCAGAUUGAUGAGUUGUUCGAAAGCUGUCCAAGUGCCCGUCACUCCAAGAAGUUUGUGCCUUCCGCAGGUUCUGCCACACACAGCGAUAUUUGUUCGGACUCUGGAAAGGGUGUGGUUGAAGUUGUGGAGAAGGUUUGA